CCUUCUUAUGGUGAUCAGAGACAAGUCUGAAGCGGGGCUGUAGGUCGUGCAAUAACUAGCUUAGAAAAUCAGCAUGGCAAGCUAAAUUAUUUUGGAGUUUUAAGCAAAAGUUGCAGGUGGCUGCACCUACAAUCUAUCCCUGGUCAAUUGCGCACUGACAAUAUAGCUGGGACAAGACUUUAUUUGUGUUGACUAGCUAGCAAGCGAAGCUACGUUAACCCAGCUAGCAUCCGGUAGCUUCCUAAGAUCCUUUGUGUUUAAUUCACGUCACAAUUGAAGCACUGCAUUUGCUUUAGCUACUAUCUAGUUUGUUUCAUUUUGAAUUACGAAGUGCACUUUGCUGCUUUGAGUGUGUGGAGAAGUUUAACUGUGUCAGGAUAGCAUGUCGGGAUCUCACGAUGGACACGGGAGCGCGGCUGAUGCCUCACAGCCCGAAAACCACAAUCAAGAAAACAUGUUAACUAGAUUAAGAGGUUCCUUAAAAAACCGACUGGACAACCAGGAGAACAUUGUCCCGAAAGCGGCUAACAGGACCGUCCUGGGAGGUUUGCAAAUCAACCAACGCAGCAAACCUCAAAAUCAGCGCGGCACCAAACAGGGUCCAUCCUGCAAAAAUGAAGAAUCAAAAAGCUAUGCUGAGAAAUUGUGCGGGAGCAAGCAGCCGCCGUUCCAGAUUCACCUGGAUGAGCCUGAUGGUGCCUGCUCCAAAAAGCAGUUGUGUGUCAAAGCAAAGCCCACUGCAGAAGCCUCCCUGAAGCUCAACCAAGCUGUAACUGGUCUUAGACAGCCUCUUGCCACCAUUUCUGUGCCCCUUCCUUUGGAUGACAGUUUUGAUUCUCCAAUGGAUAUGUCUGUGAUUGAAGGUGAAGAGAAGCAAAUAAAUGUGAAUAAUGUCACAGACUACAUUGACGAAAUUCACACUUACCUUAGGGAAAUGGAGUUAAAGUCCAGACCCAAAGCAGGCUACAUGAGGAAACAGCCAGACAUCACCAACAGCAUGAGGGCCAUCCUGGUGGACUGGCUGGUGGAGGUCGGGGAGGAGUACAAGCUGCAGAACGAGACUCUCUACCUGGCCGUGAACUACAUCGACCGCUUCCUCUCCUCCAUGUCCGUCCUGAGAGGGAAGCUGCAGUUGGUUGGCACCGCCGCCAUGUUGUUGGCGUCGAAGUUUGAGGAGAUCUACCCCCCAGAGGUUUCUGAGUUUGUUUACAUCACCGACGACACCUACACCAAGAAGCAAGUGUUGAGAAUGGAGCAUCUGGUGCUUAAAGUGCUCUCUUUUGAUCUGGCCGCUCCCACCAUCAACCAGUUUCUCACCCAGUACAUCCUGCACCAGCCUGUGAGCCUCACGGUAGAGAGUCUGGCCAUGUUUCUUGGAGAGCUCAGUCUGGUGGACUCUGAGUCCUUCUUGAAGUACCUUCCAUCUCAGACAGCGGCUGCUGCCCUCACUCUGGCCAACCACACGGUCACUGGAGGCUCAUGGGAACAGUGCUUGGUGGAGAUAACGGGAUAUUCCCUGGAGGACCUGAUGCCCUGCCUGCAGGAGCUACACCAGACCUACCUCGCUGCAGCUCAACAUGCCCAGCAGUCUGUCAGGGAGAAAUACAAGGGCUCCAAGUAUCAUGAAGUGUCUCUCAUCGAACCUCCAGAGAAAUUGCUGCUGAAUUGAGUUAUCUGACAGAACUGAUGUAAUUGUUUUAACCCUACACUUAUUUUUUUUAUAAAAAUCUACUCAUACUGCCGUAAUAUCAAUAACUGAACCCACAAAUUCCAUUUUGGAACGUGCGGACAAAUUAGUGGUUAUGUAAAUUUUAUACGUGAAAUCCUUAAGGAUUGUCCCCUUUUUAUACGCUUGAUGCAGCCCAUGAGCUUUGUAACCUAGUUAAUCAAGCAUUGGUUGAAAUGUCAUGCUCGUCUAGUAGUUUAAAAACAAGACGGCUGCUUUUCCAGUGGUCCUUAACCGCUGAGCUGUGGACAUGCUUCCCUUACUUGCCCCCCCUCUCUCUCUCUUGUCUGUCUUAAGUACUUCCCCCUUUUAAUAUUGACACCUGUGAAUAUUUACUGUCAAAUUUCUCCCACACCAACCAUUUUGGGGAUUUUUGUGACUGUUUGUAAGAGCUCUAUUGGAGUGGUUGCCGAGUUAGCAUUUUAAUGACACUUUUAUACUAGUUACACCCUCACCCAAGUUGAAAGGUGCAUGUCUAAAUUGUUAUCCCAAACAAAGCAGAACCUUUUAUUUUUCUAUUUACAUUUGUGAUUGAAGGUCUGUCUUGGAGUUCACUAGUUUAUCAAUCAAGGCACCUUCUGCUCUGUGAAAUAUGGCUCUUGUAAAUAAAUUCCGUGGUCCAACA